AUGGAAGCUUACAUAGAUGAUAUAGUGGUCAAAAGCAUAAACAAGAGGAACCAUCUCAAAGACCUAGAUGAGAUGCUUCAAAUUUUGAAGUCCUAUAAGUUGCGAUUGAACACAUCUAAGUGCGCAUUCGGCGUGGGGUCAGGAAAAUUCAUGGGCUUUCUAGUGACCAACCGGGGUAUAGAAACUGAUUCCUUUCAGAUCAAAGCCAUCCAAGAUCUUGAGAGGCCUAACACAGUCAAGGAGUCUGACAGUGAGUAUCAAAGCCCAGCGGCAGACAUUAACUCGAAAGAAGGCAUCAGCAACGCCCCUGAUCUCAAGACAUCAGAUCCCUUCACUUGUUGGAAGCUAUUCAUCGAAGAGAAGUGGAAACUCUUUGUGGAGGGAGUAUCCAACAGGCACCUUGCAGGACUAGGCAUAGUUCUCAUCUUAUCGGAUGGCCUAAUAAUUGAACAGGCAAUCAACCUUGGUUUCCUAGCAUCCAACAACGAGGUAGAGUAUGAAGCAUUAUUAGCAGGUUUAAAAUCAGCACUUCGCAUAAAGGCCACCGAGUUGAUGGUGUACAGUGACUCCCAAUUGGUAGUCAACCAGAUUUCAGGCGACUAG